AGGAAUGUGGUAAAUUUCUCGUUGAAUCUCCCAUUUUUCAAACCCUGUAAAGCUUGACCUGUAAUAAGAAGAGCAGAAUUUCAAUUACCUUUGACCAAAAAGUUUUAUUUCCAAAUAUUGUUACCUAGGUGUUUUUUGUUUGUUUUUUGAGUUGAGAGUAGUUGCUGAGUAGCCUUAAUGUGGAAAAUCUACUGUCUUCUUUCUUUUCCCUCUGAAUGAUCCUAACAGUACACUGUCUUCCAUGAUUCUUCAAGUCUUUUCCUUUUCCUUGUGUCAUCAGACACUUAGAGAAGGCAGAGUGAUUUCUAGUGGAUGAAUCAACCUCAGGUUAUAACAUCAGCUUCCAAGUACAGUUAGACUGAGUCAUUGUCUUUGUUGCUGUGACCACAAAGGUUACUUAACUGAACUACUCCCAUUAUUUUACAGAGAUUCUUUGUCUCCGACUAUGUAACCACUGAUGAUGAGAGAAAAAAUUUUGUGUAGAGAUUUGUAGAUUACUUUGCUUCCUAGGAACUUUCCACUCAAACUGGCUGUUUGAUCUUCAACAAAUCUCUCAAAACUUCCAUUUUCCCCAUUUCUAAAAUGAAGAGGCUAGAUCUACAGAGAGCUGAGAUUCAUUUCAAUCCUAAAAUUCAUCACCCAGGUUAGAUGGGAGGUAAUAGACUUGGGUUCAGGUCCCAGUUCUGUCACUUAUGUGACCUUGAGUAAGUCCUAAGGUAAUCGUUCAGAGAUGUAGAUGAGAAGAGGCCUUUAGAGGUCAAUUAGUCUAGUCCCCUUCUUUUAAUGAAUCAGAAAAUUGAGGCUUACAAAAAAGAACUUUCUAUGAGUCCAAGAGCCUCUGAAAGAUCGAAUGGGAUGAUUUUUAAAAGAUGCACUAAAUGUUUUUCUAAAAUUUCUCACUUCAGGUACAAUCCCAUCAGGAAGCCAAAAAUAUGCCUCAACUUCUUAAGGGCAUCAUUACUGUUAUUGAUAUUUUCUACAAAAAUUCACGGACAGAUGGAGGAUGCCAGAGACUGAGCAAACAAGAACUGAAACAGCUGCUGCACCAAGAAUUUGGAGACGCCCUUCAGAAACCUGGUCACUCAGAAACAGCCGACAAGAUCCUCCAACUCCUAGAUAAAGAUGGUGAUGGCACAGUUGACUUCAGUGAAUUUGUUUUACUGAUCUUCAGUAUAGUGAGAGCCUGCUAUGUAUGCAUACAACCUCUGCUCUGCCCAGGACUACAGGAAGGGGAAAGAAGAUCUGAAUCAUGGGAGCCACAAGAAGGAAGAGCAGAAGGGACAUCAUCAAGAAGCAACGAACUCCCAACAACCACCACCAACGAGAGGAAUCAGAUUUAUCAGUCCCAAAGCUCACAGGAUGGUGGACAGCACAGAGUGACAGCUGAUGAAAAAGAAUCCCGGGAAGAGACAAGGAUCCAUGUAAGAGAUGAGAACACAGCAGUGAGGACCAGUGGAAGUCGCCAUAUUAGAGAUGAGAUGUCAACACUAAGAAAUACUGAGAGACAGGUCCCUGACAAUGAAGAUGAUGGGCAAGAUUAUGUCAGGGAUAGGAAUCAAUUUUCAAGAGAUGAUGGGAAUUAUAAAAUUAGAGAGAAGAUACCAGCACCAGGAAAUGAUUGGAGAUGUCAAGUAACAGAGCAGACACCAGAACAAAGGGAUAGUGGGAAAAGAUAUUUUAUAGAAACUAUUCCAACACUAAGAGACAAGAGGAACCCUCAAGUCAUGGAAGAAAUCCCAACACAAAGGGGUGAUAGUACAUCCCAUGUUGGAGAGCAGAACCCAGGACUGAGAGAUGCUGAGAGACCAGAGAUCAGAGUGAGAGAUCAGAUUCCAAGUCCAAGGGACGAUGAUAGGUACACAGUGAGAGAACAGUCCCCAGAAGUAGGAUAUGAUAGGAGAUAUCACGUGAAUGGCCAAAUCCCAAGAGCCGUGGAGGAAGGAAGAUAUCAGAUGAAUAUGCAAUCUCAAGCACCAAAAGAAAAUAGGAAAUACCAACUGAGAAAUCAAACAUCACACCUAGGGGAUGUCCCAGAAUCCUAUGAUACUGAAGAUCUAGAAGUAAGAUAUUAUGAAAGACGCCAAGAAAAUGAUCAGAGUCAGUUAGUCAGUCAUAAGAAAAAUUAUGUGAACAGGCACCAGCCAACAAUAAGGGAUAAUGAUAGACAAUAUGUAAGAGAUCAAUCUGUAUCAGAAGAAGAAGAGGCAAGAGCCCAGAUAAGACUUCAGCUAACAAAUAAUUUCCCAAAUCAUGGGAAAACAAAAAUUAGAUAUCAGGUCCCAGCAUCAAGGGAGGAUGAGAGACUACAAGACAAAGAACAGACCUCAGCACUGACAGAAGAUCAAAGGAGUGAUAAGCAGCAGACCCCAGAUAUCCAGGAUGUUAGACCACAGACCCAAGAAAUCCAAAAUGAUGGGAGAUAUUCAGUGGGACCAGAGUCGCCAAAAAUCCAGUAUGAGAGAAGAUGCCAAGUUACGCAACCAGAACCAGAACUACAGGAUGAUGGAAGACGACAAAAAUCCAGGAUGACAGAAGGCAAGAGACCCCAGUACCAAGGGAUGAUGGGAGACAUCAAGUUAGGCCUCAGUUCCCAGAAAUCCAGGAUGAUGCAAGACAACAGGUACCAAGGGAUGAUGGGAGAUGCCAAGUUAGUCCUCAGGAUGGCAGAAGGCAACAGGUACCAAGGGAUGAUGGGAGACGCCAAGUUAGGCCUCAGUUCCCAGAAAUCCAUGAUGACAGAAGGCAAGAGAUUCUAG